AUGGAGGUUUUCCUAUGCAUGAGUGAAAUCAUUGAAACACCAGUGAGUAAAAGCUUUGUUUUGUGGAUGAUGAAUGAACAUCAAUUGGCGCCGUCUGUGGGAAGCAGUUUUGGAAUACUGAGGGUGCUUAUAUCAGACAAUGGCAAGCAGUUCGACUGCAAGAUCUUUAAAGAGUUCACAAGAAACAUGAACAUUUGGCAUAAGUUUUUGUCGGUGGCCCAUCCUCAAACUAAUGGCCAGACGGAGGUUACAAACCAAGCUAUCCUCCAGGGAUUGAAGAAGCGACUGGAUAAAGCAAAGAAGAAUUGGGCAGAUGAGCUCAAUAGCAUCCUGUGGGCAUUCUGGACCACCCCUCGGACGCCAACGAAGGAGACACCUUUCGCAUUGGCAUUUGGUAGUGGAGCUGUGGUUCCUAUUGAGUUGCAAGUUCCCACUCACCGAGUCCAGUUCAAUAACGAGGAUACCAAUAGUGACAAGUUAAGGAGUAACUUGGAUGCCCUAAAGGAGAUCAGAGAAUCAAGCAAUGUUAUUCCUAUUAUUAUGCGUCUUAGUUCUCUUCGAAAAAGAAAGAACAGAUGCUAG